CAGCCAAUGGAUUCCAAAUACAGUUAGUAAUCAUUCUUUUACAUGGUAAUCGGCAAAAAAUCGUGUAAAAUCAUCGUGUCCAUCAUGUGUGUAUAGUAAUUCCGGCUCUGAUAUUAAUUCAAAUGAGGACAGUAAUGUCCUCCAAGAAAGUUUUAUGAUAAUAUUUUUUAAGGUUUGAAACCCAUUCCAUGUGAAGUUACUCAGCAAUGCUUGUUCGUCGUAAAAGUGUUCGUCAGUGAUGAUUCUACAAAAAAUUGAUAAAUACUGUAUUAUUUCUUAAUAAUGAUAUAAGCGGUAGCGCUAGAACAGCUUAAACAGUGAAUAGAAAUAAAUGAAGUUGCAUGUGAUGAAUGAGUCAUGCUAAUGAAAAAUUUACGAGCAUAGGUAGUACUGCGACGGAUGUCUGACCGUUUUACUACUUGGCGGGACUAGCAGUCUCAGUACGAUCAGAUUACAUUAAAUGACACUAUUUACAAUCGUUAAUAUAUAAUGUAAUGAGAGUAUUUAUAGUAUGCGGUUAGAUCGAAUGAAAUAACAAUCGGUAUAGACCGAUCUAUCCUAAGGAAGUAAUGAAUGAUGAAUAAGAAGACAAACACUGCUAGACGUCGAGAUUUCUAUGAUGGAAUUGAUCGUAAAACGUAAAUGAAUCGAGAGUCCUUGAUCGUCGCUGAUUGUGUUCUGACUGUAUAAUCAUUGUGAAACGGAUUUUAUAAUUAUUUAUGAACUGGCGACUGUAUAGAAACAUAUAUGCACAUGUAAACACGUAAAGUUAUAUGUGGUAACUCGUAACUGCGCGUGCGUUUAAUUCCAUGGACCGCGCACGAGCACGAUAGUAUGCUUUGAUCAUGCAACGAGUCGAAGAACGAGCUGAGUUCUGUUAAUUUUCUUUUACAAGACUUCCUACUUUGGAUGAUAAGAAGGUCGUUAUCAUAUUUCAAGACGUGUCAAUGCCUCGAAUUUUGAACGCUUGUGCGAUUGUUACAUGCAAAUAAGAUGUUUGCUUGUGAAACGUCUAUGUGGCUUGUUCACGGAUGGGGAACAUCGACCGAUCGUUACUUCCACGCGAGAACGCGAGGAAGAAGGGUAGGAAAUUGUUCGCCGGAAAACAGACGCUACAAUCAAUCGACAACUACCGGCGGCAUCGCCUCGAAGCCUUAGGAUUACAAUAAGAAAAAUAAAAUGUCAUCCCCAUGUCAUAAGUUUUCGCGCCGGAAUUGAUUAAACGAACAUCGCGAAUACAAAAUCGUUUUGUGCUCUCAUUGUCAGUGCAUUUUUGCACCCGUGAAUACAUUUAAUUGGAAAAUGCUCGUACAAGAAGAAUGAGGAAGCGAUUAUUGCUUUACACUUUUGGUGUCAUCGUGUUCUUUAUCCUGACAAUAUUCACGGACAACAAUUUCAUUCAACAUGUGUCAUUAUUAGUGGUCAGCGACGCGAACGAAAUCACGUGCUACGAAAUACCAAACGCUCCGGAUGGCCUUCCAGAUUUCGAUCCGGUGUCAGAUGAGCCGGCGGGUGACAGAAACAUUUUCUUUCACGAGACAUCAUGUUUCGCUGAAAACGGCUUGGUGAUUAACCCCCGUCAAGCCUGUGCAGUGGAGUCCGCUGCUAUGAUGAACCCGAAUAUGAACGUGUACCUGCUGUUUGUUUCUGCCGCAAAGAUCUCAAAUCAAUCGAGGGAUCUCUUCAAUCAAUUGAAGAGCUAUCCGAACGUUCGGAUCAGACAUAUCUACCCGUUGAAAUACGUGAAGGACUCGCCGUUAGAAUCAUGGUACAAAAGCGGGGAAUUAAAACGGAGUCACUGGCCAACGAGUCACAUGUCCGAUAUUCUUAGGUACCUAACGCUAUGGAAAUAUGGAGGAAUAUACUUGGACCUAGACGUCGUUAUCACGACUUGUUUAGAAAAAUUAACAAAUUUUGCCGGCGCCGAAGACUGGAAAAAUGUGGCUGCCGGUGCUGUGGGGUUUGACGGCUCGGAGCUGGGUCGACGUAUGGCCGAUAGCUGUAUUCAGGAUAUAAAGACGAAUUUCCGUGGCGAUAUCUGGGGUAAUAAUGGCCCUGGAGUAAUUACGAGAGAGUUACAAAAUCUUUGUUCCACGAAAUAUAUUCGAGAGAUGACCACUGUGCGGUGUCAUGGUUUUAAAGUUUUUUCCCCGUCGGUCUUUUAUCCAAUUCAUUACAAGAAGUGGAAAAUGUACUUCGAGAGCCAAGACAAGAACUCGACGAUGGAGUUGGUGAAGAAAGCACGGGCUAUUCACGUGUGGAACAAGCUCAGUAGGUACGAAGAAGUGCGCGUGGACAGCGACGUUCCAUACGCGAUCGUCGCAAGGAAACAUUGUCCGAAAAUCUUCAACAAUUGUGGAAAAUUUCAAAGUGCGUGUAGGAGAAGAAUGAAGAAACUCUUAUUGUUUAGCGCUUUUUGUAUCAUCAUACUCUGUAUCGUGAUGGUAUUCACGUACAGAAAUUUCCUUCAACAGGAGUCAUUAUUAAUGCAUGUCAGUGACAAAAUCGUCAUCAUGGAUGAUCUCCCAGAUUUCGAUGCGGAAUCAGACAAGCCCCUAUCGGACAAGAACAUUUUCUUUAUCGAAACAUCGGGUAUUACGAAAGGAGAUUUAAUGCUGAAAAGUCGUCAAGGCUGUGCGGUCGAGUCUGCCGCUAAAAUGAAUCCAAAUAUGACCGUGUACCUGCUGCUCGUCUCCCGUUCGAAGGUUCCAAAUCAAUCGACGAAAUUCUUUGAUCAGUUGAAAAGGUAUCCGAAUGUUCGAAUCAGACGCGUCUAUUUAGACAAAUACAUGGAAAACACGCCGCUGGAAAAGUGGUACAAAGGAGGCGCGUGGAAGGACAGUGAAUGGCCUACGUCGCACAUGUCCGAUGUCCUUAGGUAUCUGACGCUGUGGAAGUACGGAGGAAUAUACUUGGACUUAGACGUCGUUGUCACAAAGUCUCUCGAAGAUUUAAAAAAUUUCGCUGGUAUUCAAGAUGAGGAAACUGUGAAUUCUGCUGUUAUCGGUUUCGACUGUUCACCAUUGGGACGAUUUAUGGCCACUCUUUGCAUUCACGAUUUGAAAAUGAAUUUCCGUGGCGACAGUUGGGCUCACAAUGGCCCUGGAGUAAUCACGCGAAUGUUACAGAAAUUUUGCUCCACCAAGAAGGUUGAGGAAUUGACCACCAAGCGGUGUCAUGGUUUCGAAAUUUUUUCUCCGUCGAUCUUUUAUCCAAUUCGUUACGCGAAUUGGGCGAUGUACUUUAAGGACGAAGAGAAAGAGAGAACAAUUGAAUUAGUGAAAGAGGCGCGAGUCAUUCACUUAUGGAAUAAACUUAGCGACGAUGAAGAAGUGCGCGUAGAGAGCGACGUACCAUAUGCGAUUCUUGCAAGAAGACAUUGCCCGAGAGUUUUCUAUAAUUCUGGAACAAUAUUUCGAUAA